CACUUCGAAACAUCAUUCGCCCUUCAAACCACCUACCGACACAUUCCUCUUCACACCGAAUACCGCAAAAAUGGCCGACUCGCUUACCGAAGAGCAAGUCUCUGAAUUCAAGGAAGCCUUUUCUCUCUUUGACAAGGAUGGCGAUGGUCAGAUCACCACCAAGGAGUUGGGCACCGUCAUGCGCUCUCUCGGCCAAAACCCUAGCGAGUCGGAGCUUCAGGACAUGAUCAACGAGGUGGAUGCCGACAACAACGGAACCAUUGACUUCCCUGAAUUCUUGACCAUGAUGGCCCGCAAGAUGAAGGACACCGACUCCGAGGAAGAGAUCAGAGAGGCCUUCAAGGUCUUUGAUCGCGACAACAACGGUUUUAUCUCGGCCGCCGAGCUUCGCCAUGUCAUGACCUCGAUUGGCGAGAAGUUGACCGACGACGAGGUUGAUGAGAUGAUCAGAGAGGCCGACCAGGAUGGCGAUGGCAGAAUCGACUACAACGAGUUUGUUCAGCUCAUGAUGCAGAAGUAGAGAUGGCGUGACGUGCGAGUGCACAUGGAGGAAGGCACUUGAGUUAUUAUCAUGCGGUUUUCAUAACCGUCACGACCUGAGAGAUACCUGAGAGCC